GUGAGCAAGAGCAAAACCAAGAAGAUUCAGGUCAUCAUAAUCAAGAGGAUGAUGCUCAGUCUAGUGGAGAUGGGCAAGGAGAGUCUACUGGUUCAGGGGAGAGUGUGGCUCAGUCUACUGGUUCAGAUGAGAGUGUGGCUCAGUCCACUGGUUCAGAGGAGAGUGGAGCUCAGUCUAGUGAAGGGCAUCUGAUGGAAUCAAACGACUUUAGCAGAGAGAUGAAGACAAGAUCAAGUUAUCAAGUGAAGAAAGGGAGAGAAAACGAGUGGAUCUGGUCAGAUUGGGUGAAAACAGUUUUUGGAAGCUGUGGGAUUUGGAGUAAUCAGAUAAAGGAAGAACCUUUAAAGGAGUUGGUUAUUUUUGAAGAUGAAGCUGUUCAAGAGAUCACUAGAAAGAGUGGGAUUGAAGCAGCUAGUGAAGAAAGGUCCAAACUUGUGAAGGGCAGUGAGGACAAGAGAGUGAUCCGUGACUGGAAACAAGGAAAGGAUGAGCUUUAUCAGCUUGUGGGAAGGCUGAAAGAAGUGUGGCUGAAGCUUACAGCAAGGCCAGAGGUAAUUCAAGAAAGGAGAGAACAAGAUGUUAUCUUUAACUUUCUUGUGAAUGAGAUGUGUGAGCUUGUUCAAUACAUUUGUGAUGUGUGUGAGAAGAACAAGAAGUCAAUUCAGUGGAAGGGUGUUACAAACUGUAAGAAGGGAAGGUUGAGAAAGCUUUCCAAAGUAUGGUUCAUGAGGAGAAAGGCUUGGAGGAAGGACAGUGAGUCUGGUUAUCUGAGUGACAAGAUGAGCUUGAAGAUGAUCAAGGAGGCUGCGCAACUAGUGGUGAGAGGAGAGUGUGAGCAAGAGCAAAACCAAGAAGAUUCAGGUCAUCAUAAUCAAGAGGAUGAUGCUCAGUCUAGUGGAGAUGGGCAAGGAGAGUCUACUGGUUCAGGGGAGAGUGUGGCUCAGUCUACUGGUUCAGAUGAGAGUGUGGCUCAGUCCACUGGUUCAGAGGAGAGUGGAGCUCAGUCUAGUGAAGGUGAGCAAGAGCAAAACCAAGAAGAUUCAGGUCAUCAUAAUCAAGAGGAUGAUGCUCAGUCUAGUGGAGAUGGGCAAGGAGAGUCUACUGGUUCAGGGGAGAGUGGGCUCAGUCUACUGGUUCAGAUGAGAGUGUGGCUCAGUCCACUGGUUCAGAGGAGAGUGGAGCUCAGUCUAGUGAAG